AUGUUGUUCAUCCUGAUUGUGAUUUUUCUCUCUCAAGAACUUUUGCAAGCACGCGAACAAAUCAACGCUCUCUCUAUCUCUUUGCGAGAUUCUCAAGCUACCAAGACUGAAGCGCAAGUUACGGCCCUCAUGAAACGAAACGAAAAGCUCGCAAGCUCUGUUUUCGGGGCGGAGCUUCCUGACGGUGGAGGCGGAGCGACCUCACGGCUGGGCUCUAGAGCACACAGGAAGGACCCUAGCCACCGGACACCGCUAGAGCAGGGACGCAUGGGCCAUCGAUACCAACGACUACGACGCAAGCCGAAGCCUCUCGAAUAUGCUUCCGGUGAGGGCGACACCCAGAUCAGUUACCAGAGAUGA